AUGUACGGCAACUCGCGGUUCAGCAACGCCCCUUCGGAGUCGUCGCUCGGCACGACUAACGAAAAAGUGACCACAGCGAGCGCGGCGCCGCUGGCUGCGACGACUGCGACGGUGCAGCAGUACCCAUACAUGUGGGACACCCGGGAUGCCGACCUCGACGACCCCCUCCACAACCCCGAUCCUGUGCGCGACGCCGCCCUCGACCGCAGCUGUGCCCCGUUCUCGUCCCGAGGGUGGAUAAAUGCGUCCGCUCUCUUCAUCAUCUGCGCAGGCAUCAUCACUCUCUUUGCUGGCUACCCCAUCAUCGACCACUUCAUACAUGAGCCCCCCAAGACGGCGGGGUUCAACCUUGGUGGUAUCAACGGCACCGGUCAGGUUCCCGCCCUCAACAACUUCCGCUCUUUGAUCGACACCGACACUCCCGAUUCUGCCAAGACAAGGAAAGGGACGGACGGCAAGAGCUACGACCUCGUCUUCUCCGAUGAGUUCAACACCGACGGGCGCUCGUUCUAUCCUGGAGACGACCCCUUCUGGGAGGCGGUCGAUCUCUACUACUGGCCCACGGUAGACCUUGAAUGGUACGACCCGCGGCAGAUUACAACGAAGAAUGGCAAGCUCGUUAUCACGAUGGAGGAGGUCCUCAACCACAACCUCAACUUCCGCAGCGGGAUGCUUCAAGGAUGGAACAAGUUCUGCUUCACCACCGGCUAUAUAGAGGUCAGCGUCAGUAUGCCCGGAUCUCCGAGAGCGGCCGGUCUUUGGCCCGCAGCAUGGACGAUGGGCAACCUUGGCCGCGCAGGUUAUGGGGCCACGACUGAGGGCACCUGGCCAUACAGCUACGACUCGUGCGACCUCGGCACGUUCCCGAACCAGACGACGGCUAACGGACAACCUGCCGCCGCUACCACGGGAGGCGCGGGCGGCGCGCCACUCAGUUUUAUGCCCGGUCAGAAGCUGUCGGCAUGCACGUGCCCAGGCUCCGACCACCCGGGACCGUCGGUGGGCACUGGCCGCGGCGUGCCCGAGAUCGACAUCUUCGAGACCCAGAUCGACACCGUACGGUUCCAAGGAGAGGCGUCGCAGAGUUUCCAAGUCGCCCCGUACAACUAUCAGUAUGAGUUUGUCAACACUUCCGACGUCACCCCGAUCUACGACUCCUCCGUCACGCGCUUCAACACUUACAAGGGUGGCGUGUACCAGCAGGCCAUAUCCGCGGUCUCAGACAUCAACAACGAGAACUACGCCGGGAACGGGUACGGAACGUAUGGGUACGAGUGGUGGUCGAACCCCAACAAGCGCGAAGAGGGAUACAUUGCCUGGUCGGUCGACGGGAAGCAGACAUGGAAGAUCACGGCGGACACGGUCGGGGCGGACUCUACUGCUGAGAUCAGUGCGCGUAUCGUCCCCGAGGAGCCUAUGUACAUCAUCUUCAACUUGGGCAUGUCGCCGGGCUUCCAGAAGCAGGACUUUACAAACCUCCAGUUCCCCACCCAGAUGCUCAUCGACUACAUUCGGGUGUACCAGCGAGAAGAUGUCAUCAGUGAAGACUCGACCUCGUGUAAUCCAUCAUCGCGCCCGACAGAGGAGUACAUCAACGGUCACAUAAACGCGUACACAAAUCCCAACUUCACAACAUGGGACCAAGCGGGUUAUACGUUCCCGCGCAACUCCCAGUACGAUGGUUGCUAG